CUAUGUACUCCAUGUCCUGCGUCAGUAUUGCGUUCUGUGGACAGUUCAGCAAGGAGGCCCUGGACGGUGCAUCUCUGUCCACCACGAUCACCAAUGUACUUGGGACAUCUGUCAUGGUUGGGUUGUCGUCAGCAUUCGACACACUGUUUCCCCAGACAUAUGGAAGUGGGAACCAGUACGCCGUUGGAAUCAUUUUACAGAGGGGACUGAUCAUCCUGUUCCUCGCAUGCUUCCCCUGCGUGGCUAUCUUCAUCAAUACGGAGCAUUUGCUUCUCCUGUUGGGCCAGGAGACAGAGGUGGCAAGACUUGCAGGUCUUCAUGCCACAGCUUAUUCCUUUGGACUCCCGGGUCACGCACUGACAUGCAUACUUAUACGGUAUCUACAGUGCCAGGGGAUCGUUAUACCGAACGUGUUUAUGGGGCUGGGAUCGGCAUUGGCUAACGUCGGGAUACACUGGCUCUUUGUCUUCUACCUCGACAUGGGAACAUUUGGGGCUGGCCUCGCUCUAGGUAUUGCACGAUGGUUAUUUUCUAUCGUGCAAGUAAUUUACAUAUUGGUAGCUGGUGUUUACAAAGACACAUGGGCAGGCUGGAGUAGAGAGUGUCUGUACGAGUGGGGAACAUACCUCACACUUGCCAUUGCUGGGAUGUUGAUGUUGUGUUUGGAGUGGUGGUGCUAUGAGAUCCUAGUUUUUCUAUCCGGUUUGCUAGGUGCCACCCAACUUGCGGCUUUUACCAUUGUAUACAACGUUGCUACAUUGACAUUAAUGAUCCCGUACGCUAUCGGAACUUCCGCCUCGGUAAUUGUGGGUAAUCAUCUCGGGGCCGGUGAUGCUGAGAAAGCCAAAGUCACAUACCGAGUAGUUUUAUUUGUCGGUGUCACAGAAGCGACGAUCAUAGCCGUGACCACCUUUAUAUGUAAGGACGCCAUUCCUGUUCUCUUCACUCCGGAUUUAGAGGUUCAGAUUCUCACUUCCACAUUGCUCAUUAUUGCAGCAAUAUAUGAAAUCUUUCAGCAUACGAAGGAAAUCCUGUGCGGCGUACUGAGGGGAGCCGGCCAUCAGAUAUACGGCGCACUCUCCAGCUUUUUCUCCUUUUACGUAGUCGCCCUGUCCAUAUCCAUCCCACUGCUGCUCCUUACAGAGCUGGAGGACGAAGGAGCCUGGUGGGGAGCCUGUAUCGGGGUGUUUGUGCAUUCCGUUCUACUGCUCAUCAAAGCUCAGAGUCUGGACUGGAAGGAUGAGGUAAACAAGGCUCAGGGACGAGCUGGAAUCGUGAAAGAUGUCAUUUUGUAUAGCGAUUUAAAAGGUGGGAAAUUCCCUACCAGAAGCAACCUACCAGACGACCAAAAAAUCAUCGCCAAUGGCUACAAACUUCGGGAACUGAACGGGUCAGUUCCACCAGGAGCGCUGAACGGGUCAGUUUCUAAUGGAAAAGCAAACGGAUCUCUCGCAUUCGAAUUUGUCGAUAUGAACGAGAUCAAUGAAAUGCACGGAGAUGAUAUCCACUUAACGAGCGCGGACUUCAACAGUAACAAUGGUGACGUCAUCCAUGGCAAGGAUGAGAUAAGUCUGGACACGAAGAUGUUGAUUCUGUCUCGUAUAGCAACGGUGUUCUUACUUGUCGUCGUGCUAAUUGGAAGCGUUUUCUUGAAGCUGAUUCUGGACCAACGCGUAGAUGAUACAUUCAGGUACAAUUUCGAUGUUGCCACGGCCCUGAAUGAGUCUGGAAUACUAGAUUUGGCUCUCAAUAGCUCAGCGAAAUUUAUCAGCAGUCUGAAAACGAAUAUUGGCGUAGCAAACAUCACCUUUUAGUGGUUGACAUUUAAUUUCAUACCCUGCUGUUCAAGAAGAAAUUACUGCUGAUGUGCAUAUUUUAGCGGAAAUAAUAUUUUCGCCCUCGGAGCAAUGCACUAAAUCAUAACUGCACAUAAUUACAGUUGUUCUAUACCAUUCCUAUAGAAAAGCAUCAAUCUCUCCCAGAGUGCAUUGCGGUUCCCUUUAUUGUGUUCCCAAUGCACUCUGGGAGAGAUUGGAAAAUCAUAUGGGUGCGUUAUUUUCAUCAUUGCACAAGUCAGUUUUUAUAAUGCGCUAAAACGGAGGGCGUCAAAAUGUGUACGAAUCACGAUUGGAAUACAACACUCAACUGUAGAGUGAAAGAUUGGGAUAUAUAUGCUGAGGGGACUCCGACAGCACAUCAAUCACAUGAUUGACUAUGAAAAGUCUUGGUGAUAGGUAUACAAUUUCUGCAAGUACAAACGACUUUCAUGAUUAAAAUUUCAAAUUAACGAUACUAAUGGUCCAAAGACAAUAAAAACCAAGUCGGAGAAAAUCAACCAACCACGCUCGACUGUAUAAUCGACUCCAAAUAACCAGGUGUCUUUCUUUAAAAUCAAAUCUCCCUACGUCAGUGGUACGUCCGUCGUCUGUCCGUAAAGUAUUGGAAGGAUACCCCUUGAUCUAUAGUUGUGUCUGUUUAAUAUUGAGUCUGUUCGGAAAACAAAAUGGCCGACAGGCAGGCCAUCUUGUAGUUUGAAAGUUGAGAUUUAUCGCUAUUUCUCGAGAAGCAAUGGAAGGAUAUUUCCCAAACUUGACAUAUAUGUAGGUUACUCUUGGUUCUAGUUAAUUUUGAGUCAGAUCGGAAAAGCAAAAUGGCAAUCAAGUUGCCAUCUUAGAUUUUGUCAGUUAAGGUUUGUUAUCGCUAUAUCUCAAUAAUCUCUAGUUUAAACAUAUUUCAUUUGAAAAUGUUCAAAAGGAAUUGGACACAAGUUGUAAAACUAUAAACUUCUUUGGUUUCUUAUGAAGGUUUCUCUUGUUAUCAAAUGAUUAAGAAUAAGGGGAAAACGAGGAAAGGAGGGAAGAACCAUUAAUAACCAUUCAAUGAUGGACGCCAACAUCCAUACGGGAACUCUUGUAUUAUUACAAUUAGGCGUUACGAUAAUAUGUCGGCUUCUAAACCAUAAUGACAGAAGCAAUUUAUUAUUGCUUGUAUUCAUAGUUAAAUGAAAUAUCACAGGUUUAUAAUACUUGCUCUGCUAAAGACGAGCAUUUUGAGCUAUUUUAGACUUCAAGUCCCACCUCUGUUCUGGUGUGAUAAUUCACUAGCUUGUCUCAGUAGACACAAACGUUUUACAAAUAUCGGAAAACAGUUUAACUCGUGUUUGUCCUGAAUCGGAAUUCUGAAGUAACCCUGACUGAUAUUUACAUGAGUUACUUAGUAACAGUAUUCACAGACACCGUACAGUAUUGAAGAGAAAUUCUAUCAACCUAUAUGUAUUUUCUAACGAAUCCUUCAUACAAGUAUCAAUUAAAAUUUGAUGUUUUGAUAA